AUGUUUCCUGCAGCCACAACAGCAAGCUCUGGAACCCCAUGGAGACCUGCACUUCUCUUUAAUAAUAAUGGCCCUUUCACACUUGGAGGAAGCGAGGUUUCAGUUCCUGGAAUUGGAAAUGCCAAUGCUGUUACUUCAAAUGAACCUGAUGGAGAAGAUGAUAUUGAUCGGCCCAGUAGUCUAUCUGUGAAAAAGAACCAAGAGGAGGGCAUUAUUGUUGUGCAUGAAGUAAAUUGCGAACUUUAUGUGAAGUCGAGGGAUCCAGCUGACCAAGGUGCUUGGAAAUAUAAAGGCACGGGUCAACUUAUUAUCAAGUGCAAGGAAGGCAUCAGUACGGGCACAAAGGAAUCUAAACCAACUAUAGUUAUACGCAAUGAUGUGGGAAAGCUGCUGCUCGAUGUAUUGAUUUACCGAGGCAUCAUGACAAUUGUGCUAAAGAACUCAGUUGUAACAGUAUUUCAUACUUCGGAUGAUGGUGAUAGCAAUGAAAAAGUCGUUGCUCGGCCCUUUUUAAUGAGAACAAAGACUGUGGAGGACAGAGAUAAACUUGUUGCCGCCAUUCAGGAUUACGCGCCUGCAAGCUGA